CGGCCUGGCCUGGGCUGGCCUCCAAGUUGCUCCAGGAGUUGCUGAGCUGUGGAUUCUCUGGGAGGAAGUGCUUUCCCCGACCCUCACUUGGUCCUGCCUUUUGCUCUCCUCUCAGGACUUUUUCCGGAGGGGAGGGGAGGGGAGGGGAGAGAGGCGGGGGAAACCGGCCGAUUGCUCCACUUGCCGUCUGGGCAGAAACUCCUCCCCGCCGAAGUCACAGGAUCGGAACCCUUUCUCCGUGGAGGAGAGAGAGAGAGAGAGAGAGAGAGAGGAGCGUGGGCCAUGGCGAAGGCGGUGCGGUUAAUACUUUUGGCGGCGCUGCUGGAGAAGGCUGAAUCUCCACCGUUUCGCUGUAAUGAUGGAGAAUAUCCUUAUAACGGUCAACGUUGUUGCAAGAUGUGCCGUGCAGGUACUUAUGUUGAAGAGUCCUGUACCAUUCCCCAUACUUUGGGGCACUGUUUACCUUGCACAAAUGGAGAGGAUUACACUGAUCGUGAAAAUGGCCUUGAUCAAUGCUUUCUUUGUGACAAAUGCAAACCCGGAUAUAUCAUGGUGAAAGCCUGCACUGCUACAAGCAACACAAAAUGCCAGUGCCCUGAAGGGUAUUACUGUCCCCCAGGCUGUGAGGAGUGUGUCAAGUGCAGGAAAAGGUGUCCUAAAGGAGAAGUGCAGAUCAAAAGUUGCAGUGCCACCACAGACAUAGAGUGUGCAACAUCUUCCACAGAAACUACAGAUUCUACACAUCGAAUGGAUUUCAUCAUCCCUGUAGGUGUCAUCAUUGCGAUUGUGAUUGUGAUCGUUAUCGCGUUCUUUGUCUUCAAAUUUAGAAAGAGCAAUGCAUUCUCUGAACUGGAAAGAGAAAAGGAAUCCAAGUCUUCUUUGAUAUCUGUAAGUGGUGAAGUUACAAACACUAAUCCUGGAACGUCUGCUUCUGAGAUGCCUGUACUGAGAAAUGAGAGAGGCCAGAAUGUGAAGAGCAGCAAUUUGAUGGUUGGCAGCACGAACGAAGGAUCUGACCCUGGGAAUGUCCCAACAGCUCCAUUAUUGCAGCAACCAGAGAACUCUGAUGUUCCAAAUGUGCCAGCAAAUAUACCAGCACCUAAAAAACCUAUGGUGAAAGUAAUAGAUGGUUAUUCAAAAGAAGAACUAAAAAGGAUUUAUUUUCACACGAGGGACAUGGUAGAUAUACACGACUGGUAUGACCUUAUGAGGAAGUGUGGCUUAUCUGAUAUCGACAUUGGCAACAUCAAGCAUGACCAUUCUGGGCAUAUAAAUGAAGCACGUCAUCAGAUGUUAUUUACUGUAUGGCAUCGAUUCGGAAUUCGUGAAGCUUUAUGUAAAUUAUUAGAUGGACUGUGGGAAUUGAAGCUUAUGAGUAUUUACGAAAAUGUAACAAAUGAAUUAAUAAGCCAUAAAAUAAUAACACUGGAAACCAAAGACUAAAGUCUUGGGUUUGUUAAAAACGUGUGAGGUCAGAAUCUCUAAACUGCAUCCUUUUGUAUAUGACCUUACUUUAAUGCACGUUACUUUUUGCUGAUGAUGAAUAAGUAGAAAACACAUCUGUUAAAACAAGUAUGGAUUUCAAUAUGUCUGGAGACUGGACGGAUGCAUAUUUGUACAUGUGUAUUUUUAUAACAUCUGAUCUUGAUAGUGACUGUACUUGGAACUUCUGUGAGUUGCUUGAGGAUGCUCUCCAAGUAAGUCUGUGCAGUAUUUCAAAAUCUCAAAUUUGUUUGUCACCCUUAUUGAGAAACAGUUGCAAAAUGAAUGUGCAUGGUGCAAGGUAAAGAUACUUUAUAUACUAUCUUGAUAGGAAUAAAGUUGCCAGACUUAAAAUAUGUAACAGAAAUGGCUGUGGCUUGUCAUGGCUGUGUUAUCGAGGGGUGAGGGUUGAACAUCCUCGAGAAAAUGUAUGAUAUUAUGACCAAGUUUCAGAGUAAUGCAGUAGGCUUUUGCGUACAUUGUGCAAUGUUUCUGUCAACAUUCAGCAGGCUGAAAGCACUAUGAUAAUUUCUUACUUUGGAGCCAGAACCCUAAAUACAUUUUUACUGUGCUACGAUAUCUUUUGUAAAGGUUUCCUUCAUUAUAAUUAACAGAACUUUGCCACGUUGAAUUGUAGAAGAGUUAUGGAUUGGGGUAUUUAUUAAAUUCUGUGCCUUUCAAACAAGAUUUUUGAAUCAUGAUGCUUGAAUUUUUACAACUUUUAUACCACCUGUAAUUUUUUAAAUAAAAAAACCUUUUCAAA